AUGCAAGAACAAUCCAGUAAGCUAUCAGAACAAGGCAAGGGAUUCCAAGAUAACUAUCCUCCUGUCUACAACAGCUUCACUGAUUAUGUCAACUCGCAGAUGUCGACAAUAGGCAGGGCGAGGUCAUGGCAAGACCAAAAAUCCCUAUUCGGGAUGAGAAUCAAUCCUAAGAAGCUCCCUGGAGAAAGGAAAGUCAAUCCAGAACAAACAUCUUUUUCCGGUGAUCUUAAGGAAUUCAUCAAUGAUAUGCAGCUAGGGCUAGGAGGAGAUGGGAACAACGGAAGUUCAACCUAUUGCCCAUUUCAUGGCUACAAUUGUUAUUGCAUCUUCCGCCCUCAAUCCCGAAUUGGAUUCCAAGGAAACGUGACCCAAAUGUCAGAUGCGAACAUGGGGGCCUCAGACACCCGACCAAACGUUGCAACAGUUGAAAGAACAAGUGAAGGAGAUAAAGUGCCUCAUGGCAACCCUGGUCAAGACACAGAAACCCCCAUGCAAGAACAAUCCAGUAAGCUAUCAGAACAAGGCAAGGGAUUCCAAGAUAACUAUCCUCCUGUCUACAACAGCUUCACUGAUUAUGUCAACUCGCAGAUGUCGACAAUAGGCAGGGCGAGGUCAUGGCAAGACCAAAAAUCCCUAUUCGGGAUGAGAAUCAAUCCUAAGAAGCUCCCUGGAGAAAGGAAAGUCAAUCCAGAACAAACAUCUUUUUCCGGUGAUCUUAAGGAAUUCAUCAAUGAUAUGCAGCUAGGGCUAGGAGGAGAUGGGAACAACGGAAGUUCAACCUAUUGCCCAUUUCAUGGCUACAAUUGUUAUUGCAUCUUCCGCCCUCAAUCCCGAAUUGGAUUCCAAGGAAACGUGACCCAAAUGUCAGAUGCGAACAUGGGGGCCUCAGACACCCGACCAAACGUUGCGUUCACCUGGAAAGCAAGAGACAAAUCAAGAUGA